AUGUCUCCAAGGAAUCGCCUAGUGGCUGGCUGCCAACGAUGUCGUGUCCGACACCUAAAAUGCGAUAUUAAUGACCUGGGUUGCGAGCACUGUCAACAAGCUGGUGUGGGUUGUGACAGGACCAAUAUCCGGUUUCGCAAUGGCCUCUCAUUAGCCAAAGAGGCUGAGCUUGCCUUUUCGGGGGGCUGCUGGCCCCAACUGCGUGGCAAAGUGCGCUUCCAUGACGAAACACCCGAAAUCGCUAGCCUGUACUCGACUAUUCAGGAUAGCCAGUCGGAUUUUAUCAACGACUCUAGUUACAGGUUAGCAGUCGGGCUGAGAGAGGAGCCCAAUAGUCCAACUGGUCUACUGGUACAGCAACCAUAUGCAGCCGAUGGAGUCGACGAAGCCAAUGCCUUGGUCCAAUUCCCAGCUUCUAUUACAGAGACCGUGUCACCCUCUUUGUCUUCUCCAAGAUCAAUCCAAUCAACAAAAUCCUCUAAGCCGUUGCAACCGCUAAACGAACGGGAAGCUAUAUUGUUGAGGAAUUUCGUUGAAAAUAUGGCGCUCUGGGCUGAUAUCACUGACCCUCAACGUCAUUUUGAAACAGAGGUUUCAGCUCGGGCAUUGAAGGAGCCUGUCUUGCGCUAUGCAAUUUUUGCAUUUUCCUCGUGCCAUCUUGACCGACGGGACAGCAGCGAUGUAACAGAGGCACUGCAGUACCAUAAUUGCUGUUUAGAACUGCUUAUUCCAGUGCUCUCUGGGGCUCGUGAGCACAUCACCGAGGACAUACUAGCUGCAGUCGCUAUACUCCGUCAGCAUGAGGAAAUGGAUGGGGAGGACAAUCAAUUCCAUCUCACUGGUACAACUCAUAUCCUAAAUACGGUAUCAACCUUUGGUUCUUCAGGUGGCCUGGGUGAAGCCGCUGCUUGGCUUUGUUUGCGGCAGGAUAUCUAUAUCUCGCUAACUAGCCAACGGCCUCUGCGGACCAACUUACAAAGCUUCUACCAGUCAGAUGUGUUUCAAAGAAAUGACGACUUUGCAUGGUCAAGCAAAAUGGUCUUCCUCCUUGCUAAUAUUCUCCAGGGUGCUUUUACGGACUCCACUAUAACACAUGAGGCAGACCAGAUCGAAGAGUGGUAUUCCGCUAAACCGCACACCUUCGACCCGGUUAGAUCAAUCCCACAAGGUUCUGGGCCAGAUCAACGACUCCCUACCAUGUGGAUGCUGCUACCCGUGCAUGUUAUUGGAAUUCAAUAUUACCAUAUUGCCAAGAUUGUUUUGGCGCUUUCCGAGUCUUCACGGGCAUCUUCCACCUAUGAAAGUUUGCGGCAUUCUCGAACAGUGGAGAAAAAUGUACGCCACCAUCUGCUCACGGUCCUCGGAUUGGCACAUUCCAACGCGAAGGCCGAGAACACGCUAUUUACUGCACGUCACAGUCUAGUCGCCUGGGGAUGGGUCCUUCGGAAUCCCCUCGACCAAAGGGCUGCGGAAUCAGUGUUACAAUCCAUGCAUGCAAGGACUGGUUGGAAUAUGAACUCGCUCAUUCGGACAUUGCGCGCACAGUGGCAAGAGGUGGACGAGAAUAUGAACUAG